UACUUCUAUUGAACCACAGACACGUACAAACCACGCAAAUGGUAAUUGUACGCCUUCUACCGUUAUUCGCCCACCACUCACUAAGAACGUGUCUCUCCCUAUAUACACCACGACUCCAUUGAUGUUCUUCAGCUCAUCCUGCUUCUCUAACACGCAGAAGAACCAGCAAAUCACAGGUAUAUUCCAUAGAUCUGGAUCACAAACAACUUGUAAAGCAAGUGAUUUCACCACCGGAGAUGGUGGAGGCUCAACCGACGGUGGACGAGUUGUCUCCUAAACCGGAGCAGAAUCAGGAUGAACCAAGCUCUUCUCACGCCAGUGGAGAAGUUUCUGACAAGUUCGAGAAGAAAGUUGCUAGCGGUAGAAAUGGAGCCGUAGUAGAUAACGGUAGAGACGACGGUGGUCGAGUUUCUAACGGCGCUGCUAAUUCUUCAGGGUCUGAUGGCAGGAGCUUACCUAGUUUGCAUAACUUAUCAUCAGAAAUACCGAGUUCUCAUAAAUUAGAGUCACCUUCCAGUCAACUUAGAUUGCGAAAAUUAGCAUCAGACAUAUCGAGUUCUGAAAAAUUAGACUCGCCAUCCAGCCAAGUUAGGCUGGAAAAAUCAAAAACUGAAAAACCUAGACGUAACAAUAUACUUGUGGAGGAGGCAUCUCAAAUAUUCGAUGAAAAUAUAUCCGUUCACCAGAAGCUCAAAUUGUUGAACAGAAUUGCUACUGUAAAAGAUGAUGGAACUGUGGAGUUUGAUAUACCCGCAGAUGUUGAGCCUCAUGCUUAUGGGGCUGGGGCUGGGGCUGGGGCUGGAGCUGGGGAAGUUCAAAACGAAUGCAACGAAGAUACUCUUGACUCAACAGAACCUCGGUAUUUUCCACCAUUGCAGAUAGUAAUGCUUAUUGUUGGAACCCGCGGUGAUGUGCAACCGUUUGUGGCAAUUGGAAAGCGUUUGCAGGAAUAUGGCCAUCGUGUUAGACUAGCGACCCAUUCAAACUUCAAGGAAUUUGUCUUGACUGCUGGAUUGGAGUUCUAUCCCCUAGGUGGAGAUCCUAAAGUUCUUGCUGAAUACAUGGUUAAGAACAAAGGGUUCUUGCCUUCGGGUCCUUCUGAGAUUCCUGUUCAGAGAAGUCAGAUGAAGGAUAUAAUCUUUUCUUUAUUCCCGGCAUGCAGAGAGCCUGAUCUUGAUACCGGAAUCUCGUUUAGAGCAGAGGCAAUUAUAGCGAACCCCCCAGCAUAUGGACAUACACAUGUUGCAGAGGCACUGAAAAUACCCAUUCAUAUAUUUUUUACAAUGCCUUGGACGCCAACUAGUGAAUUUCCUCAUCCCCUCUCUCGUGUCAAGCAACCAGCUGGAUAUAGACUAUCAUAUCAAAUUGUUGACUCUUUGAUUUGGCUUGGAAUCCGGGACAUGAUAAAUGAUGUUAGGAAGAAAAAACUGAAGCUGCGGCCAGUCACAUAUUUAAGUGGUUCACAAGGCUCGGAGUCUCAUAUUCCACAUGGAUAUAUAUGGAGUCCUCAUCUUGUUCCUAAACCAAAAGAUUGGGGACCAAAGAUUGACGUGGUUGGAUUUUGUUUCCUCGAUCUUGCUUCAAACUAUGAACCUCCUGAAGAACUUUUAAGCUGGCUUAAAGCUGGCCCGAAGCCUAUCUACAUUGGGUUCGGUAGUCUUCCUGUUCAAGAGCCCGAAAAAAUGACGCAAAUAAUCGUUCAAGCUCUAGAAAUGACUGGACAAAGGGGAAUCAUCAACAAAGGCUGGGGUGGUCUUGGCAACUUGGCAGAACCGAAAGAUUUUGUGUACUCAUUGGACAACAUCCCUCAUGACUGGCUUUUCUUACAAUGUGCAUCUGUGGUCCACCACGGGGGUGCUGGAACAACAGCCGCUGGUCUUAAAGCUGCGUGCCCAACCACAAUCGUACCUUUCUUUGGUGAUCAACCCUUUUGGGGAGAACGAGUUCAUGCCAGAGGCGUGGGGCCCCCUCCCAUACCGGUUGAUCAAUUUUCGCUUCCAAAGUUGGUCGACGCAAUUAAAUUCAUGCUGGAUCCGAAGGUAAAGGAACAAGCGGUGGAACUUGCAAAGGCGAUGGAGCAGGAGGAUGGGGUGGACGGGGCGGUGAAAGCCUUCUUACGGCAUCUUCCACGAAACACGCCUGAAGUAGACUCGCCAACCUCAGCACCAUCGAGUUUAUUCUCGAUAAGUAGAUGUUUUGGUUGUUCUUAAAUCUCAAUUGUAUAUGUAUCCUUUCAGUAGCCAUAGUCAUCAUGUAUGAAAGGAUACUAUUUAUGCCUGCCAAAGUUUGCUUAUAAUAAUCUUAAUAACAAGAUGCCCAUUUUUUUUGU